GCUUUUGGGCGAGCCUUUUUUCUUACAGGCACAUAUACUAAGGAGUACACCAAUUAGUGAUCUUCAAGUAUCCUAGUUUAAGAGAGCCCUAGUUUAAUCUCGCCGCGACGAUGACGAAGAUGGUGCUUAAGGUGCCGAUGGUCUGCAAGAAGUGCAAAUCCUGCUCCCUGCAGAUUGUCUCGAAGAUCAAAGGCAUCAAGUCGAUGACGUUCGACGAGGAGAAGAACACGCUGACGGUGGUGGGGGAAGUGGACGUCGUGAAGGUGGUGGCCAAGCUGCGCAAGGCGAAGCACCCGGCGACGGUGGUGACGGUGAGCGACGAGAAGAAGGAGGCCGAGGAGAAGAAGAAGAAGGACGAGGAGGAGAAGAAGAAGAAGGAGAAGGAAGCGGAGGAGAAGAAGAAGAAGGAGAUCGCCGCCGCGAUGAUGCAGUACUGCCCCAAGCAGGCGUACUGCCCCAAGCCUUACCCGCAACCAGCUUACUGCUACACCGUCGACGACCACCCCGGCUCCUGCACCAUCGUCUGAUCAAUUCGAUGUUACUGCUUCAGAUUAAGCCGCUUCUCCAGGAGCAUCAAUUUGUUUGUGUGUAAAUCGUGUUCAUCCGUUCAAAUGAUUCCCUUUCUCGCUUUAAGAAAAAAAGAUUCAGCUUUCUUUUAUUUUUAGGACAUAAAAGAUUCAGCUUUCAUGCACAUUAUACCCUUCUCUGAAUCUAUUCCAGUUCCUGUGAACAAGAAUUGUAUGCCUCAACGUACUCUCUUUUAAUUUUUGCUACUACUUGGCAACUCGUGUACUUGCAAUC